CUCAGGUAUUCCACUGAGGAUUGUUCCUUUGAAGAGGAGAUCCGUCCAGACGGCUACAAUGUAUAUAAAUCAAAAAAAUAUGGAAUAUCGGUGUCUUUGAGUAGUGCCAAGCAAAGACAACAGUUCAAAGGAAAAGAUUUUCUUCCCCUAUCUCACUUCUUACCUAUGAUCAACACUGUGCCCGUGGAGUCAACAGACUUCGGCGAAUACGGUGAUUACAGCCAGGCGUUUGAACCAGAGGUGUACUCCUCGCCUCUCGAAACGGACAGCAUGGACCCCUUUGGCAUCACCUCCAAACUGUCGCCGGUGAAAAGCCCUAGCUUUCAGAAAUGA